UGUGUGUGUGUGUGUGUGUGUGUGUGUGUGUGUUUUCAUUUCUAUCAUUGUGGGGAACGUGACCUGAUAGCCCACUCACGCCGUGGGGUACAAAAUCCUCAUGGGGUACAAAUUGCCGUUCCCCACAAAUCUAACCAAAUAUUUUCAGUCAGGAUGGGGUACUGAUGUGUCCCUUAAAUUAUCUCAGUGUGCCCUAUAAUGCAGAAAAACCGUCUAUGUGUGUGUUUGAGAGUGUGUUAAGCGAAGCGACAUAGUGACAAUAGUGGCAAGGAUCGGAACUGCAGGGGCCUGUUCCACACACACGCUUCACACACCUUUAACCAAUUAGAUGUUGGCUGUAUGUCACGUGACUCAUUCAUGCAACCUCAUUGGACAACAUUCAAGAGCAAUGAAGGAAGUCUACUCAUGGAUGAAGAAGACGAUUCCACAUGUGGGUAGACAUCUUGAAUUGACGGAGAACAUGCGUCGCAGCAAGCGACGUCAUAGAGACCCGGUUGCAGAAGGAAUACAUUACAUCUCCUUGUCAGCAGACAGGCCAGAACUAACUGCCAAAUAUAUAAACUCUGUCAAAGGUCGAGGAGUGUUCAGCCAAACUUACUUUGAAAAAGGAGAUUUUUUAGUUGAAUACAGAGGAGAGAUCAUUUCAUUUGAUGAAUGUCAAAGACGCAAAAGGAUCUACCAUGCUGCACUUCAAGUGUAUCUUUUUGAAUUUAAGGUCAAUGGGAAAAAGUACUGUAUUGAUGCUGCAAGAGAUGACAACUCCUUUGGCCGAUUAGUCAAUGAUGAUCACCUUAAUCCAAACAGCAGGAUGACGCGAAUUACCGUCAAAGGUGAACCUCACCUGUGCUUAUUUGCCAUACGGCAAAUACAACCAGGAGAAGAAAUAACUUACAACUACGGUGAUAUGGACUGGCCAUGGAGAGAAAAGAGUGAUGAUCUUGCACUGCAGUCCCCAGACAAAGUAGAUGACUCCGGCUGUGUGGAAGCAGCACAUGCUGCCACGGUUGACUACUGCAAAGUAGAUCUACAGGAGGAUGAUGUUGAUGUUGAGAGCACAUAUCAAGGAGAGGACCCCAACACAAUCAUUGUAGAACAUCCUGCUGUGGUUGAAUUCUCUCAAACCGAUCUGAAGGAUGAUGUUGUUGAUGUUGAGAGCGCAUAUCAAGGAGAGGACCCCAACACAAUCAUUGUAGCACAUCCUGAUGUGGUUGAAUUCCCUCAAACAGAUCUGAAGGAUGAUGUUGUUGAUGUUGAGAGCGCAUAUCAAGGAGAGGACCCCAACACAAUCAUUGUAGCACAUCCUGAUGUGGUUGAAUUCCCUCAAACAGAUCUGAAGGAUGAUGUUGUUGAUGUUGAGAGCGCAUAUCAAGGAGAGGACCCCAACACAAUCAUUGUAGCACGUCCUGAUGUGGUUGAAUUCCCUCAAACAGAUCUGAAGGAUGAUGAUGUUGAUGUUGAGCGCGCAUAUCAAGGAGAGGACCUCAACACAAUCAUUGUAGCACGUCCUGAUGUGGUUGAAUUCCCUCAAACAGAUCUGAAGGAUGAUGAUGUUGAUGUUGAGCGCCCAUAUCAAGGAGAGGACCCCAACACAAUCAUUGUAGCACAUCCUGAUGUGGUUGAAUUCCCUCAAACAGAUCUGAAGGAUGAUGUUGUUGAUGUUGAGAGCGCAUAUCAAGGAGAGGACCCCAACACAAUCAUUGUAGCACGUCCUGAUGUGGUUGAAUUCCCUCAAACAGAUCUGAAGGAUGAUGAUGUUGAUGUUGAGCGCGCAUAUCAAGGAGAGGACCCCAACACAAUCAUUGUAGCACAUCCUGAUGUGGUUGAAUUCCCUCAAACAGAUCUGAAGGAUGAUGUUGUUGAUGUUGAGAGCACAUAUCAAGGAGAGGACCCCAACACAAUCAUUGUAGCACAUCCUGAUGUGGUUGAAUUCCCUCAAACAGAUCUGAAGGUUCAACAAAUUCAAAUCCAACUUAAGUUGGUUGAGUACUCAAGCUCUGAAGAAGAAACCAGUGACACGGAUCAUGUCAGUUGCUCUCGCCAGAUUAUUGAAGAUGAAAUCUGUCACAAGAGUGAUGCUUUUGAGUUCUGUAAUGCAAGUGAUGACUCCAGCACAGUCAAUGCAGCACAUCCUGCUGUACUUGAGUUCACCCAGACAGAUCUGCAGAAUACAGAAAGAUCAUAUGAUGAAGAUUAUGUCCCUAAACUGAGAAGAACAAAAAGCAUUGUGAUGACAACUGACAUCCCACCCAUAACAAAUGAUCUAUUUGAUACUGAUGACUCCUGCCCUGACAGUGAAGAAGAAUAUGUUCCUAAAAGUAGUGAUGAAAGUUCAGAAAGUAGCUGUGAAAUAUCAAUCUGUCAAAGUCACACAAACAAAAAGAGAAUAUCAGGAAAAGAGAGUAUGACACAUGAUGGAGAAGAGGGGAGUGAGACACAUGGCAUAAACAGAGAGGAGAGUAUGGCACACUCUGAUAUAAACAAACAGAAGAAUACACCCCAAAAUUCAGAAAGAGAGGACAAUAUACAAAACAUGCUCAAUUUUCAGUGUUUGGACAAGCUCCUUGAUACUACUCACUUCCAGGCGAAGUCUCUUCUCAGAGACAGACUUUGUGGACUUGAGUGCAUCACCAUCUACAUCACAAAGACUGAGUUGGUGCGCAAGAUCCUGAACAACUGCAACCCUCGAAUAGCUGGCUGUCUCCAGGGCACUGUCACAAACGUGGACCAGCUGGUUCAGAUUGGUACCCUGGUAGAGAAAGACUGCACCUCAUCUAAAAAGUACUGGGGAAAGGUGGACCAGCAAGGGAAGCUCCAUAAAGCUGGACUGACACUUCACCUUAAGAAGUGUGCCUUUUUCCGGCAGGAGCUGAAGUUCUUGGGCCACGUAGUCUCGGACAAGGGUGUGCAGGUGGAUCUAGAAAAGACUCUGGCAGUGACCAUGUAUCCACCGCCCACUAACAUCAAGACCCUCCAGCGUUUCUUAGGCCUUGUGGGGUGGUACCACAAAUGUAUUCACCAUUUUGCAGACCUGGCUGCUCUAUUGAAUCGGCUGAAGAGGAAGGAUGUAGAGUGGGUCUGGUCAGAGGAAUGUCAGCAAAGUUUUGAUCAGCUGAAGAGGGCACUGGUGGACGCACCUAUCCUCAUGGAGCCUGAGACCUCCCUGCCAUUUGAAAUCCACACGGAUGCCAGCGAUGUGGGUUUGGGGGCUGUGCUGGUGCAGAGAACAGCUGAAGAGGAGAAGGUGAUCGCCUAUGCAUCCAGGGGGUUGCGUGGUGCAGAGUGCAAUUACUCCACCUCUGAAAAGGAGUGUCUUGCAGUCGUCUGGGCUGUUGAGAAGUGGAGGCACUACCUUGAGGGGGCGGAGUUCACCAUACACACAGACCAUACUGCCUUGACAUGGGUCUUCAAUUGUCCAAAAACCUCCUCUUGCCUGACUCGCUGGAUCCUGCGGCUCCAGCAGUUUCAAUUUAGAGUACAAUACAGGAAAGGACUCCAUAACAUUGUGCCUGAUGCCCUGCUCCGAGCUGUUACACCUCCCUCUUUAGCUGCAGUCUGUGCUGUGGCGAAUGUGUCCGAUUCCUCUGAACUGCCCUCCUCCCUGUCUGAAAUAAGGGAGGCACAAGAAGAGGAUUCAGAGGUCACAGACUUGGCCAAAGAGGCAGACACCCUUAGUAGGUCUGACAGGAUGGGCUUCACAAAGCUGCAAGGCCUCCUGUAUCGACGGUCUCCUGUGAGGGAUAAAUAUCAGCUGGUUGUCCCAAAGUCUCUUGUGCUUGUCUUUCUGGCCUACUUCCACAAUCAUCCUCUGAGUGGGCAUCUGGGCAGGCUGAAAACACUCCUGAGGAUCCUUGAGGUAGCCUGGUGGCCAUCCGUUUGCAAAGACGUUUGGAAUCAAAUCAAGGUCUGUACCAUCUGCCAAGUCUACAAGGCUGAAAAUCAGAAGCUGGCUGGCCUCAUGCAGCCUACUCCAGUGGAGGAUCCUUGGGGAAAGCUGGGCAUGGACCUCAUGGGGCCCUUUCCCCGCAGCAAAAGGGGCAACACCUUCCUUCUCGUCCUUGUGGAUUAUUUCACAAAAUGGGUGGAGAUGUUUCCUUUAAAAGAUGGCAAGGCACACCACAUUGUGUUCAUCUUGAAAGAUGAAAUCUUCACCCGCUUUGGUGUCCCACGGGAGUUGGUCUCUGACCGGGGGCCACAGUUCACUGGCCAUGAAAUGGCUAACCUCUGCAAGACCUGA